UCAAUAAAGCUAGAAUUUCGGCUUCCAUUUUGGUGUUCAGUAGCAUUCAGUCACGUAUUCUUGGAAUAUCUGAAGUCUACUUGGCUGCUUGGUGGCAACACACACUAGAACAGCUGGAGUUGCAUCAAUUUUAUCAUCUUUCAAAUAUGAAAAUGGAGCAAUUUGAUCAAUUGAGGUUACAAUGCCACUUGUUUAAUAGCUUUUUAUAAGUUGAUUCAUUUGUUGCACUGCUGUGUGCUUUAAAAUUUGUGAGAGAUUAUUUGAAGAAAGAAAAUUUAAAGCCUAUCCAAUCAAGCAAACCAUCAAAUAUGGGUGACAAAAUUGAUCUGUCUUUGGAUGACAUUAUUUCUCAAAACAAGAAGGGUAGAGGUGGGCGAAGAGGAGGUGGCGGUGGAGGAAGAGGGCGUUUCGGCGGACGGGGAGGAGCCAGAAGAGAUGGAAGGAGAGGAGGGGGAGGUGGUGGCGGACGAAGAGGUGGAAGACCUGCACCUUACAAAAGAUCGGGAGGUGUGCCCGAUGAUAAAUGGGAUCAUGACAUGUACAGUGGAGGUGGUGCAGGUCCAGUCAGGAGAACUGGUGGUGCCAGAGGCAAUAUUGGUGGAACUGGCAAACUUCUGGUGAGCAAUUUAGACUUCGGUGUGUCUGAUCAAGAUAUUACAGAGCUAUUUUCGGAAUUUGGAGCCAUGAGGAAAUCUGCGAUUCAUUAUGAUAAAUCGGGUCGUUCAAUGGGAUCAGCUGAUGUUAUCUUUGAAAGGAGGGCAGAUGCAGUGAAGGCAAUGCAACAGUACAACGGUGUUCCACUAGAUGGACGUGCGAUGGAGAUCAGACUGGUCGAUGGGUCGGGAAAUGUGAGCGGUGGUACCAGGGCACAAGGUGGAUUAGGUUCUCGUGUUGGCCCAAAAAAUCAAGGUGGUGGACGUGGCGGCGGAGGGAGACGAGGUGGAGGAGGUGCUGGUCGUGGAAGGGGUAGAGGUGGUGGACGAGGAAGACAGGCAAAAGAGAAUGUCUCUGCUGAAGAACUUGAUAAACAACUUGAUGACUACAUUUCUAAAAUGGAAACUGAAUGAAAUUUGUGCAAAAGACUGCCUAAACUGCGAAUGACCUGCAUUUCAACGCAAUCACAGUGAUUGUUGUUCUAUGCUGCCAUGAACACAUAAUGAUGUCGCCGCGCCCAUAACUUUAUGUAUACAAUUCUUUCUCAUGUGGAGUGUGUGCCGGGAUGAGAGAUCAUGGCAACACUUCGGUUUUUAUAUUUCAUUUUACUGUUUAACAAGGCUAACUUUUUAUCAA